AUUCCCACGGUUACGCACACAUUUGGACUCAUUGCGCCAAAAACUGCACCAAAAUAAACAAUAUUCCCAAAAACCAUGUCGGAUAUAGAAGAUGUACCCGAAACCCAGAUGGAAAACGAUAUUAGCGAUGGCGCAGGAUUGGAGGAUGAGGAUGACGACGAUAUGGAACAAAUAACAGCUCAGAAGGUUCUGGAGAUCCUGGAGACGGCCUGGAUCAACGAGAUGUGCGCUCCGGAGAUCCUGCCCAAUCAGACGGACAUGCUGGAGCUGAUGGUCUCCCAGGUGGCUCACAUGGAGGAGCAGAUGCGUGACCUGGACAAAAAUGAUUUCCGGGCCGUGGUACACUCCAUGGAACUGGAGAGGGUGCGCUAUAUAAUGGCCAGCUAUCUGCGAUGUCGCCUCCAGAAGAUCGAGACCUUCACGCAGCAUAUCUUGAACCAGGAGGAGAGUCGCGAACCGGAUGACAAACGCCUGUCUCCGGAGGAAACGAAGUUCGCCAAGGAGUUUGCCAGCAAUGUGGACGAGUACUUCCACAAGGUGGCCACCCAGUACAUGCCCAAUCAGCAGAGAGGAGAAGCCGAACAGAGGAUAGUGACUCCCAACCUGAUGAGCCAUGUCUUCCUCAAAGCAAACGUCGCUGUGCCCGCCGUGAUCGUGGGCGUCGAUGAUGAGGAGGUGGACAUGGCAGCCGGUUCCCAGCACAUUAUUCCCUACCAACUAGUGGCUGACUUGGUACAGAACAACCAGGCGCAACUAAUUUAAUAGGCUUAUUUAACAGGUAAUUUACAAAAUAAUAAAAGAAAACUACGAAAAACCAAAAUGUUUGUAAAGGAAAAACUAACCAGUUGAGACUCUUCUCUUAAAGUUCUACAAA